AUGCCGAACGUAACAUCUUCGAAUUCUCAAGUUGAAACAAGUAGUAAUUCACUGCCUUCAACCAAGUCCAAAAAGAACAAGAGGAAAUCUUUAGCGGUUACUACUUCAAAAGAUGUUUCUCCGUCACGUCAAGAGCCACAUUCCCCUAAUACGCUGGCUCCUGAUACUGCGGAUGUUAGUCUUGAGAACAGUAACAAAAAUCCGUACAUUGAAAUCAUCAGAUCUAGUCCUGAUGGGAAAAGCCAAUUGAAUAACGAUCAGCUGCAAUUAUAUGAGCGAAAGGGUGAGAUCGCUGGAGCCUUAAAAGAGUGUGAAGAUAUUUUGAAACAGGUCGAAAAUAUUGAUAAAGAGGAAAUCAAAAACCAAAGGAUUCUGAAAGAACAACAAGACGAACGCGAAAAAGCUACUGCAAAUGCUAUUACUGAUGAAGCUGAAUCCGAAGCUGUUGAAACUUUUCGUGCUAAACUGACUAAUGUUGUAGAUGAAGUAAAGGAUGAUAUUAGUGAGCUGCGGAUCCAAGAAACUUUGGAUAAUAUUAACAAACUUCAGCAUGGUGAUGAAAGUACAGUAAUCGAACCGUUGACUAACGGUACUAAUGAUACAAAUUGUAAAUUGGGAUUGGGCGUGCUAUCACAUGGAAUAACUUGUAUGUUUAAUGUUCACAAUGGAACUGCGAUGCCCACUCCACCAAUAUUAGACUCCGUUGAGAUACAAACAGAGCAGGAAGAGUCGUACGAUACGCGCGAAGUAGUUAAUGUUCAAGGGGAAGGGCCAACACAUUUUGAUGAGAAUUUAGGUGAGCCAUCAUCUCAGGAUAUAAUUGAUCAUAAUCAUACUAGUUAUUCAUAUCCAAAUACGGAUGUGGAUCAGGAACACCAGCAUAUCACGGAACAUCAACCGGAACAAACUGAUCAGCAGCAACAAGUUUCUAUGAAACAAAAAGAAGAACCAUUAGUACAGCAGCAAGAGCCAAAUCAAGUUUCUGAUAAUUCAACUGAUGUCCAACAGCAAGUGCUUCAACCAAAUGAUACUUCCUCUCCACCAACACAUUCCAAUAAUUACAAGGGAAAUCAUCGCAACAAUUACCGAAAUCGUGGUGGUUAUAGGACACAGGGUGGUCAAGGUUCCAGGAGAGAUAAUGGCGGUUACAGAGAUGGUGGAUAUCGUGAUGGUCGUUACCGUGGCGAGCGUGGUUAUUCAAAUUCGGGUUCUCGUGGUGGCAGAGGUGGUGGAAACGGAUAUCAAG